AGCUGGUACUAACGGAGGGCUACAGAGAGAAGGAAGUUAUGAUCGCACAGUUAUAUGGUGCUGCUUGUGUGUCUUGAUCGCGUGUAGCAUAAACCCGUCGUCCGUCCAUUGAUCGCCAGCACAAUUAGUGUGUGCAGUGUGACUAAUUGUGCCCGAAUCUGUGAUAUAUUUAGUGACUUCCCCCUGCACACGGGAGCAAUGUGGUGGAAUUGCGAGUAGAAUUGCACCGUUAGUCUGUAGUGUUGUAGCCGUGUAUAGCGAUUAGGGUAGUGCCUUCCCUCUCGGUGCAUCCGUCGAUCGCGCGAAUGUGUGGUAGAGGAGUGUAUGCGAUCAAACAACACAUCACCACCAUCACCAGUAUCGUCUCCACCCAAUGACACCACGGUUGGGCGGCGCUGAAAGUACACAUCACUCCCCCCAGGUGCACGGGACCUAAAAAAAAAAACAAGAUGCCACGGAAGUUGCUUAAAUUUCUGAUCCUCUUCGACAACACGUCGCUGCUGUACUUCCCGGGACAGUUUCUUUCCGGACGCGUUCUGUUGGAGCUGCAGGACGACACACCGGUGUUGGGACUUCAUUUUCAUGUCGUUGGCGAGUGUGUCGUGCGUGUGCGUUCGACACGCCACGAGCGAUCGUACGACAAGGAAAACUAUAUUGAUUUCCGAAUGCGACUGCUGGGCGAUUCCGACAACCAAGGUCCGACGAUCCUGUCCCCUGGUAUACACAGCUUCCCGUUCAAGCUCGGCCUACCGGUCGAUCUACCUUCGACCUUCCUCGGCCGGUACGGUUGGGUGCAGUACUACUGCAAGGCCGGUCUGCGCGAACCAUCCGGGCUGAUACACAAAAACCACCAGGUGUUCAUCGUGAUGAAUCCGAUCGAUUUGAACCUUGAGCAACCAUAUCUGGCAGAUCCUUUUAAAUGCAACAUCGAGCAUAAUCUCGGUAUGGCAUGCGUUGGAGGAGGGAUCGUGAAGUGUAAAAUCAUACUCGAUCGUGGAGGAUAUGUGCCGGGAGAGUCCAUUAUGAUAACGGCGACGGUAACAAACGCUAGCAGUGUUACGAUCAAGUCCACGAAAGCUGCUCUCACGGAGACGAUACAGUAUUUCGCGCGUGAUAAAGUUAUGCAGACAGAGAAGCGUGAGCUGGCAGUGAUAGCCCGGGGAAAGAUACGGGCCGGUCACAGGGAUGAAUGGCAGAAUGAAUCCCUUUACGUGCCACCAUUGCCACCAACGAAUCUGCGCGGCUGUCAUCUAAUACGUAUUCAGUACGACGUUUGUUUCUUAAUAGAACCGAAAUCGUUGGAAAAACAAAUUAAACUGCAGCUACCGAUCACGCUCGGUACGUACCCGUUCAAAACCGCGGACGGUGACGACACGAACGAGUGGGCCGAAACCAUUUACAAACCGGAAACUCACUAUCCCUCUACAUUGCCAAUCUUUCGGCCCUGGUUACACGAGAAAAAUGAUCAAAAGUAGCGAUGAGAGCUCCCUGGAAGUGCAGCGAAUGCACAAGGUAUAGCUAGUAGAAGGAACGCAUAAUGGCCGAUCGAUGGUGCCAUAUUUUGAGAGGUUAGUAAAGCUAGUGGAAUUGUUCGGACGAAUGGCCGCUAGCGUUACGCGAUGAAGUAACAUUACUGUGAGAGUAUGAAUGACAAUGUGUGUAAAGAAGCUUGAAAGUUUAAAUAUAAUUAAAUUCAACAAUUAUUUUAUCCUAAACCAUA